ACACUGAACCAAAUGUGAGCGAUUGUCAAUUUUGAACCUAUUUUUUUGGUAAAAAAAUAAUCGAUAUUUAAUCAACCAUGGGCAUCGCAAAAAGUAGUUUAUAUUUAAGUUUUUUUCCUUACUUCCUAACGCUAAAUAUGACCUAAAACAUAACCUCGACAAUGCCAGUGGCUACAAUAUCACUUUCAUUUCGCGACGUGAAUCCAGUUAUGUUAUUUCAAAAUACUCUACCUAUGUUCAUACACCGAGUUUAUUAGAAAUUGGCUUCAACAAGGGAUAGGAACAUUCAUUUACUUAGUAAUGUCAACAGCUCUAUAUCAACGAUGUACCUAUCUGUGUACAUACGAAUACACCGUUUCGUUAGAAGGUUGUGGUUCGCUGUUCGAUACUGUACUGUGCGUAAUAAAAAAACCAAAAUGAAUUACACCGAAGACUUCGAGACCAAUCUAUGGAAGAAACUCAUCACUAGAUUGGUGAAGGACGACUCCAGUGAGAUAAAAACCUUCAUAGCAAUCCUAGUCAUGGCCAUUUUCAUCCUGGGCCUGUUGGCGAACGUGGUGACGUGUGCGGUAAUUCUCUACGACAGGACUAUGCAUACAGCCACAAACUACUAUUUGUUCAACUUAGCUGUAUCGGAUGUGGUGUUUGGUUUGACUCUGCUCAUAGAGUCAUUUAUGUGUCUCAUGCCGGAAUACUACCAAAGAGACAACGUGGAAUGUCUCUUGCAUAUGUUCAUAAUGAUGUUCACGGCUGACAACAUAGCGCUGACGGUGACAACGCUGACUUUGGAGAGAUACGUGGCGGUGACAAAUCCUAUGUUCUUCAAAUCGACGCCCGUUUGGAGGAGAGUGAUGAAGACAAUAAUGCUGAUUUGGAUACUGAGCUUCCUGACGGCAGUGGCGGAGAUGUCGUCGUAUGGGAUAGUGAAUACGGAAGAUUUCACAUUUUGCAUUCUGUUGCCGACGCGUGUGGCGAGGGUGAUCAACUUCAUCAUAGCGGUCCUCCUGUUUAUAGUGCCACUGGUGACGAUGACGUAUGUCUACGUGGUGAUUGUAAUCAAGGUCAAAGAUUCCGCGAGGAAAAAUGAGAAUAUGAUCUCGAAUCAACGUGAUAACAGUUUGAAAAUCAACAAGCUUGCUGUGGCUCUAACUUGUUCAUUUUUGGUAUGUUGGGGACCAUUUUUUGUCACAAGAGUUAUUAUGUUCACAUACGAAAUACCUGAAAUGUUUGAUAUGAUAGAGUACUGGCGAAUACUAUAUCAUGGUUCUUUUUUAACUACAAGUUUUACCAUUAUCGUCAACCCAAUACUGUUCAGUUUGAUGUCAACCAAAUUUCGAAAAGCAUUUAAGAAAUUUUGGUUACUGAAAAUAAGAAGAAAAACCAUCUCCAUGGCUACAACAAAUUUACGAGAAAAUUCGUCAAGAACUUUGGAGAAAAUCACCACGCAUAGUUCUUUUUGAACUGAAAAUUAUUAUUAUUACUAAGACAUACUCGUACUUAAAUAGAAACUGGAAAAAUUUAAGCCAUUGGAUCCAUUGAUGAAACCUAUAGACUUUUUACAUGACAGCUUUUGAAUUGUAUAAUAUGAACCACAACUAUCUAAACAGAUACUACUUGUUUUUAUAAAUAUAAGAUACGAUUCCACCAAUGGUAGUCUCAAGGCCUCACUCAACUGGUCUAUUUUUAAGUAAUGGUGGUCUAUUCUUUAAGGUGCCGAGAUAUCUGUUUCCAAACAGAAGAUCCGUUGAACACCAGUAGUUUGGUUUAACGUUCGGUGAGAUCACGUGUGUACAGUGUUCAAUGUUUAAGUAUAGCUGGAAAAAACUAUAAAUAUUAUAAAAAUAUAAUGGUCUCGAAAACAUACCGAUGAUAACCAUUAAAAUAGUUUCUAUCACAUUUGAAUGAACUUAAUUGAUAUUGUUGUGACUCCAUUAGACUAAUUUUUCAGGAAUUAAUCCAUUUAGUAAGUGGACCCACUUAAUGGCUCUAUGAAAAAGUUUCAGUGGACAGUUAACUUCGUACGACUAACAUCGUACGGAAAGAAAAAUAUGACAGUGAAUACAAAUGACUCGGAAGAUGAAGACAUGGAAUUAUGGAAGAAAUUCUUGGAUAUUGCCACGGAUCAUAAUAGUGAAAGGGACUCAAAAAUACUGGGCACAGUGGUUCUCGUGGUGUUUACUGUUGGAUUAGUGGCGAAC